GCAACAUCAAUUCUCUCCCGCCACUCGAAGCGCACGGACGUGCAGAGCGUCGCUGCGUAUCCGCAAUAGUAAGUUCGUUCGCGUAAGUGAAGUUGUGUUAUGAAUUGCUAUUUUACAUUUUAAAAAAUUAGAUAAAUAAUUGCAUCCACAGCUGGCCAUCAUCUUCUGCGCGUAGGAAAUCGAAUUUCCGUUAAAGUGUGUUCACUGUACUGUAGCCGGGACCGCUCGGUCAGGCGCCGCUGUGUGACCAGGAAAACGAUCCCAACAGCCGCAACGGGUGGCGUUUGUCAGCAGUUCGUCCUUUUAUCCCUCAGUGUGUGUGUGUGUCGUGUGUGUGCGUAGGUUUGUGUCGUGUGCCGUACAAUCAGCACCUGCCCAGUCAUAGCAGCAGCAGCAGCAGCUGGCCACAGUGUUCGUCCUUGAGCUAGGCGCGAGCGAGUGCGAGAAGAAAACUCCCUCCAAUAGAGUGUUUGUGUGAGUGUGUGCCGGUGCGUGUCUGUAUUGGUGCGUGUAAUACAGAGCGGCACGGUGUAUGCGUGCUUGUGUGUAGAAGAGAAGUGAAAAAAGGAUAUCGAUUAAUAACCGCCAAAACAACAACGCAUCAAGGCAGAAAGGGCGACGGCCAACGGUGUCAGCUGGAACCGGGUGUCAAGAAACUGGCGGGUCAAGAAGAAGAAUUGUGUCUUGCGGUCGAUUCUACUGUUUUUUUUUUUCUUUUCAACGAUCCUAGGCCAACAGUUGGCACAUGCUGACAAUGUGAGCAGCACCAAUUCAUCCACUGUUUUGUGAUGGAAAAUUGAAGUGACGACAAAAACCCAUCCCGACACACACACACAGAGGCACACCGACACAACGACAUGCCAUUGAGAUCAAUUUGUAAUGUGAAUCAUCUUUACUUGGACACUUGUUGGCAAUAAUCGCACUCCAUCCAAGCCAUCACAACUGGGGGCCCACCCUUCGAUCCAUCCGUGCAAAAGUACAAAUGCAUUGAUAUAGCUUCACCUUCGAGAAAAGCAAUCAAUAUCAAACGAAACUAGACCUGGAGACACCAGCAGACACCAAACGAAACCCAUUUUAGCAUAAAACCCUUCUAAAGCAUGUACAACAUGAGCGCGGCCAGCAUUCUCGAACUGCAGACCUGGAUCGUCUACCAGCGCAUCGCGGCCGAGUGUGCCAACUGUUUGUUUAUGACGGAUAAUGCCUUCAAAGCGAAGGACAUUGGGCUGCGGGCGCAGAAGAAAAUCCUCUCCCGGAUGGCAAGCAAAAAUGUGGCUAAAGUGUUCAUCGACGGUACGACCGCAUCCCUUCUAGACAACGUGUACCGGUUGGUAAAGGUGCAUACCGGCAGCAAAAAGGAUGCGGAACGAUUGGUUAAGAACAUCAUCAAAAUCGUGAUCAAAAUUGCCGUCCUGCACCGGAAUGGGCAGCUGAAUGCGGACGAGCUGCGCCAGGCGGACCGGUUCCGCACCAAGUUCCAAACGCUCCAGAUGGCGAUCCUGUCCUUCUACGAGGUGGACUACAGCUUCGAUCUCAACUAUCUGCAGAAAUCGCUCGCCGACUGCCGCAGCCUGUUACGUUCGUGCGUGGUACGCCACCUGACGGACAAAUCGCUCGGCCGCAUUGACGAGGUGUUUGACACGUUCGCUGACUCCGCCCUGCUCGAGACGGCCUUCCGGCAGGACUCGCCCUACCGGGAAAUCAUGGACAAGAUUGUGGUCGAUCUGAACAAAGCGAUGGAGAAUGGAGACAUUUAAUGCUGGGGAAAUCCGUUAGCUCCGUCUGCAUGCAAAAUGCUCUCGAAAGAAGAAGAAGAAAAAAACGAAAAAAAAGAUGUCUUUCAUCUGCUGCCAGCGACGAAGCUUCUUGGGGCGUGGGGUAGAAAGCAACCCCCCCCCCCCCUCUGAAACAGUACCCAUCGUGGAUGAAGCACCGCACCGCAAGGCUUUAGAUUUCCGCAGCAGAAGAUCAUCGCCAAACGUGAUCAUCAUCGCCCAUGUCGCGAGUCUGCCGCUUUUCUCGGUUGAGCGGGAACCGACCGAUGCACCAAAGCUGCGCACGGGAGUUCGAGUGCAGCAAGAAGGAUAAUUAAUUUCAAACCCAAAUCGAAAAGCAAGUCACACAUUUACCGAGGGAAAUGGGAAACGGGAAAAGCGAAGAAAACAAUUUCAGCUUUUUAUUUAAUGCAACGAUCGUAUUUAAGUUAAGUUUUUGAAUAGCUACGUAGUCAUAGCAACUAACGCUUGUAUCCUGUUUUGCAUUCGGUACAGUCGAGGAACAGGCGUGGUAGGAUAAAUAAAAGGGAGAUACAGAGAAAAGUAUUAAAAGAAAGGAAGUACAUACUCAAGCAUCUUAUCGUGAGGUUAAUUGUCCAUAUCAAUUAAGUCAGUGGCGGGGUGAUGAGCUUUUGGGAAGUGCAUAAUAACGUACGUAUGGUUAGAGUGGUUAUAGCGAAAGCAGUAUUGUAGACUUGGCACUAUUGGCGCUACUAUUGAAACACUUCUACACACUUUUGCUAGUAUGACACAUUGGCGUCACAAUUCUCAUGGAAAAGAUGGCACAACUUACGCAUAAAAUGGCUAGAAUGGGUAAAGAAACCUCCUAGAACACACGGCAGCAGUAUGACCUCACUUCGAUUCAUAUCUCACACAUACACACACAGCUAGCAGAUAUAAACACAUCACUAUAGAAGCAACUACACUGCUAAAACAAAACACAGUGAGGACCAGUUUUGAUGACCACUUUUGAAACACUAGCAAAACACAAAACCACAAAUCUUUUCCAUUGUGAACGCUGACUAUAUAGCAAGAGAAGAACGUAUUCGUAAUGCACCAACAACACAACCUGAAGCAAAUCUUAGAAAAAUCUACACAACCAAUAGGAACAAAAUUCCGAAUAUACUGGAUUAUUGCGGAGCGUUAGAGAUGGCAUUUGAUCGCUGGUAGAACCGUGCGUAUGUUAAACUCGUGCGUCGUUGUGUUAGAUACAGAACCGAAUACAAGCUGAAUGGAAUUGUUGAAUGUUUUGCUGUGCAACAUGUUUGCUGUGUUUGAACGCGCUAUUGUAUGUUAAUGAACAGAUGCUAUGAAAAUGGAACGAAUUGCAUGGUCAGUGUAAAAUGCUGUCAUCAUUUGUGUAAGUGUGUAAGCGUGGAGGGAAAGCCGUUGAUAUUAAUUGAAAUAAAACCGACGAUAUUUUGAAUGGGCACGUAGAAAA